GAUAACUCGCUGUAUAAAAAGACCAGCAAUCCAACAAAAAUUCCAGUCUCGUCAAUUGGUUCCUGGAAAUCUAUAAUGUGUCGUAGAAUUUGGAAAAUAGUCUUCAUCCUGGUGAUUGCAGAGUGCAUCCUGCAAGUUGUCCAGGGAAAUGAGCUGAUCAAUGUGUGUAUCAGGAAUGUGCGAUUGAACGAGUGUUUUAGCCAGUGCAUAACCCGACAUGGACAAGAGUUUGCAACUGGUUAUCUACCUUAUGGGCGAGGAGGUGGAAACCAGUUUGGACCAGACGGUGGAAUCGGCAGAAUUACUGAGGGAGGAAUUAGCGGUAUAGGACCUGGGGGUCGAACUGGGCCAUGGUCAGG